GUUUCUAAGAUUGAAAAACACUGCUCUAGACUUUGAGCUCUCCACAUUAAGUGAACAUCUAAAUGGGAUUAGAAAAUAUGUGGUACAUUAAUGCUCUCAUACAUGGUUGCUUCAGUGCCAUGUAAAGCUCUUUGCAAACCUCUUUAAUGUCUCUUCAAUACUUAAAUCAUUCCAAAAUGUUACCUAAUGCUAAUUAUUAGAAUGGUUGCAUUAAGACAGGGAUAUCAAACUCGCAUAGUCACGGUGUUGUCACGUGAUAUAUCGGGACUUUCCCCCCUUCGCUAAACCUGGCGGGGGUGGAGGCAGCACGUGAUGCAUCCAGCCGUGGGCCGCAAGUUUGACGCUCCUGCAUUAGGAAUAAGCAAGUAGUUGUUUAUUAAAUAAGAGUAAUUGAAAAAUCAGGGCAUAAGACAUCCAUGGUGGCCCCAGUGCUUAUUGGCACAUUGGGUGCCAUACCAAAAAUUCUUGGAUGGCACUUUCCAUCUGUCAAUUGCAGGAGGCCAGUAUGCUUGGAUCUGCAUAUAUACUACACUGAUAAUAUCAGAACAUCCUAGGUUCCUGGAAAGAAUUUCAUGCAUGUGAAGUUGAACACCAGUUAAGGAACUGGUAGUUGUGACUUCACCUUGUUGUGAACAAAUAACAAUGAUGCUAUUUUUAAGUUGGCAUAAAUUUUCUUUUGGAUGCCAAAUUUUUAACAAAUUUUUGUUUGGCAGCCAGGUUUUGAAUAACUUUCUUAGUCUUUUGGGUUUCUUUAUUAUUUUGUUUUUGUAUAAUCCAUAAUAAUAUGGACAGUAUGCCACUGCUGCCUUUGUCAUUAUGGACAAACAUGCCAAUAUUGUUUCCAUAUAUCUUCUCUUUCAUGUGCAUCUUGACAGCAUAUUAACAUCAGCAGUGAAAAGCUCCAUUCUUUGGCUGACAGAUGGUUCUCCCUGCUCUCUUAUCUUCCCUAGACAAAGAAAAAUACAGACACACUAUUUUGACCACUGAAACCACGUAAGGCCUUUGGAGGAAGCUCAUCUCUACCUUCAAAUGUUCUAGAAGUAAUAAAUAAAUAAAUAAUAAGGAAAUCGUUUCUUCAGAUUUUGGUGAAAACAUGAAACUGAAGACUGCUCAGAUGUAACUGGCCAUAAAGUUAUUAAAGUCAGAGGCACUGUCUUGAAAGUUAAGAGAGUAUAUGUUAAAUAAAUGCAUGCACACAGUCCUCCAGCAUGGUUGGUUUUUUUUUUUGGUUUUUUUUUUUGGAGUGGGUGGGUGGGUGGCGGGGAGAAAGAUCUCCUUUAAAACAAACAAAAGCUGAGCCAGCAACAUCUUGCUAUGAGAAUCUAGGUGUCAGGUGUGCUUUUUCUUCAGCUCAGAGCUUCUGCUCAGUUCAGCCAGAUCUGUCCUGGGACAGUUGUCCUUGUUAAUAGUUGACAAUUGCAUUACCCUGCGUUCUUGUUUUGCUACAGAACAAGUGGAGUGUUUGGUCUGAGUGAUUUACUCAUGGGCAAGCCAGAGUUAAUAACCUUUAGAAGAAGCUUCAAGAAAAUGCAACCAUGUGGUACUGACAACUCUCACUUGCUUUUUUUAACCUUGUAGGGAGAUAUUUCAUUUGUUAUUCCCCCACCCCUCUCUCUUCUUCCUUAUGAUUCCUAAGCUGAUGUGAGAACUUUCUAAACAAGGAGGAACACAGCAGAGAAAGUCCUGCUUCUUUCUUCCCCUUUUCUUUCUUUCUUUUCUUUUCUUUUUUCUUUUGGUUCCUUUCAGUCCUUAAAGGAAGACUCCAUCCGGUAUGUAAAGGAAGAGAUUCCCCGCCCGUUUUUUUUUUCUUUCCCCUUGGUUUCCACACACAAUGGAGCUUUCAAGAGAACCUCUCUCCAAAGGAAUAGCUGCAGCCUUUGUGUUGAAGGGUGUGCCUAUUGGCAAGGCUUGCUAAGCAGACAGCUUGGCUGGUGAUUAACAAAGGUCAUUAGACUUUGGAAUCUGGCAGGCAGAGUCAGAUGGUAUGUCUUCUGUGGAUAGAAGAAUGACUCCCAUGAGGUUAAAGCGCAUACUGUGGAAGGCUUUCCCCCUCCCUCUUCUUCUUUUCUUUCUCCUGGUUCUCCGUCUGCCUCCCUUUCUUCUAUCCAUCCUGUCUUGAAAUAAUAACAAUAGUAAUAAUAAUAACAAUCUGGUUGCAUUACUGCUUCUUGCUUUGCUUUGGACCGGGAGGCCACCUGGCCAGAUCUUUUUUGCUUAAGCAAAGACUGUUGCUGAUGGAUCAUUAAGGGUUGGAAGAACCUUCAGAGGUUUUCCUAAUGUAAAGCUUAGCAACAAAGAUCAUGGAGGUGCUGCAGUGUGACGGCUGUGAUUUUCGAGCGCCUUCCUAUGAAGAUCUUAAAGCUCACAUCCAGGAUGUUCAUACUGCAUUUCUGCAGCCCACGGACGUUGCUGAAGAAACUCCUAGCCCAUCAAGAUUCGGUUCCAUGAACAGUGACCCGGCUGAGGUGGAGUAUUCUUUGGUAAAAGAUGAAUUUGCAGUGGCAGAUGGGAUGGCAGGGCAAAAUGCAGCUCAGCUGGGAACUGGCAAUUACUACAGCCAUAGCCAGGGUUAUUAUGGCCAACAUAUGCUCUCCAAAUCAGCAAGCAAGUUUUUCCAGUGUAAAUACUGUGUACGUUAUUUCCGAUCCAAAAACCUUCUUAUAGAACAUACCCGGAAAGUCCAUGGUGCUCAGACUGGAAGCUCCCCAACUGGAUCCACAGGUGCUGGUUCCUUAAACUACAACAUCAUGAUGCACGAGGGCUUUGGGAAGGUCUUUUCAUGCCAGUUCUGCACCUACAAAUCUCCAAGACGUGCACGCAUUAUAAAACAUCAGAAGAUGUACCACAAAAACAGCCUGAAGGAGAGCUCAACCCCUCCUGCUUCUUCUGCUGCUAUAUCUGAAUCAACUUCUACAUCUGUUUCGAUGCAGGAUUCGUGCAAGGAGCUUCCAGCUGAAGUUGUUGAACGUAGCAUUUUGGAGUCUAUGGUCAAACCUUUAACCAAAUCAAGAGGCAACUUCUGCUGUGAAUGGUGUACCUACCAGACGCCCCGAAGGGAACGUUGGUGUGAUCAUAUGAUGAAGAAGCACCGAAGCAUGGUAAAAAUACUGUCCAACCUGAGGCAGCAACAGGAUGGGACCAACAUGUCAGAUGUUGUAAACAAGAGUCCCCCAAGCCCUCCCCCAAACUCUAACUAUAUACCCAUGAAUGCUUCUGGGCGAGAGAUGCCCAAUGCAACUGUCCCAAACUACAGAAGUUCAGUAAACAAUUCUCUUAUCAGGUCCAACGCCUCUCCAAAAUUUUCCUCUGCUUCCUAUCCUCAGAUGAAACAUAAGGCUCCUCACAACUCGGGCAUUGUUAAUUUGUCUGACCGAUCUCGCUAUGGAGUUGGUGACAUGGCAAAUUCUACUGAUCUGGAUACCAACAGUAUGCUGAAUGACUCCAGUUCAGAUGAUGAGCUCAAUGAAUUAGACAGCGAGAAUGGGUUGAACUCUAUGGAUCACCAAAGCUCAGGACUAACUGCUGAGCAGCUGAUGGGAUCUGAGGGCCACAAGUUACUGGAAACCAAGGGGAUUCCCUUUAGAAGGUUUAUGAAUAGGUUCCAGUGUCCUUUCUGCCCUUUCCUUACCAUGCAUCGGCGAAGCAUCUCUCGCCACAUUGAAAACAUCCAUCUCUCUGGAAAGACAGCCGUCUACAAAUGUGACGAAUGUCCUUUCACCUGCAAGAGCUCUUUUAAGCUUGGUGCUCAUAAGCAGUGUCAUACUGGCGCAGCAUCGGACUGGGAUGCCGUGAAUUCCCAAACUGAAAGUAUAGCUUCUUCUUUAAACGAAAGUACAGUAUCCUACGAAGGGGGGAAUAUAAACGGCAGGAAAUCUGGGGGGAUAAUGGAUUCCAUGCAGCAACAGCAGCAGUCUCCCCAGUCCAAUUCGCAGCAUCCGUAUAAAUGCACCAUGUGCAAUUAUUCCACCACAACUUUGAAAGGCCUUCGGGUUCAUCAGCAGCACAAGCACUCAUUUUGCGAUAACUUGCCAAAAUACGAGAGCCCAUCAGCAAAUACCCUGCAAGACAGCGAGCCCGAUGCUCAUGCUUCUCCCAGCACUGUGAAGAAAAGCCAGACCUCAAUUCUUGGACUGUCUUCUAAAAACAACUUUGUAGCAAAAGCCUCUAGGAAGAUGUCCAAUGACUUUCCCUUAGAUCUGUCCCCAGUCAAGAAAAGAACCAGAAUUGAUGAGAUUGCCAGUAAUUUGCAAAGCAAAAUCAAUCAGAACAAGCAGCAGGAAGAUGCAGUCAUUAAUGUGGAGGAUGAUGAAGAGGAAGAGGAUGACAAUGAAGUAGAAAUAGAAGUAGAACUGGACAAGGAAGAAGAACAAACAGAACCACUGUUGGAAAUAGCGGCAUUUGCUUCCCAGCAAAUAUGGGGAAGAGACCCAGGUGAUCCUCAGAAAGAGCCCAGCUACAGGAAUAUCCCCCAUGAUUACAGCUCCACCAAUGGGGCAGAAAUUGAGCUAACUAUAUCUGAAGAUGAGGAAGAAUAUUAUUGUUCUUCGGUGGGUUUGAAGGAUCCAGGACUGAAUUCAUCUAUUCUAGGCAGCCAGGCAAGCCUAUAUGGAUCUGAUCAAAACAAUGAGAAUUCAGAUUUUGGCGAUUCUGGAAGGCUUUACUAUUGUAAACACUGUGACUUCAGCAACAAAUCUGCCAGGAGUGUCAGCACUCACUACCAACGGAUGCAUCCCUACAUAAAAUUCAGCUUUAGGUAUAUCCUUGAUCCCAACGACCACAGUGCAGUGUAUAGGUGUCUUGAAUGUUACAUUGAUUAUACAAACUUUGAAGAUCUGCAACAGCAUUAUGGUGAGCAUCACCCGGAAGCCAUGAAUGUAUUAAAUUUUGAUCAUUCUGAUUUGAUCUAUCGCUGUCGCUUCUGCUCUUACACCAGCCCCAAUGUUAGGAGUCUAAUGCCGCACUACCAAAGAAUGCAUCCGACUGUUAAAAUUAACAAUGCCAUGAUAUUCUCAAGUUACGUAGUGGAGCAACAAGAAGGGUUAAGCUCAGAAUCGCAAACACUGAGAGAGAUACUGAACUCUGCUCCAAAAAACCUGUCUACUUCGACCCCAGUUGCACGUGGGACUUGUGGCAUACCUGCUGCUUUUAACAAAAGUUCUUCAAAGGGCAACAGCCCCGAAUCUGAAAGCCAAAAAGAAUCAACAGUCAACAGUGUUGUAGUUUAUGAUUGUGAUGUCUGUUCCUUUGCAAGUCCCAACAUGCAUUCUGUCUUAGUGCAUUACCAGAAGAAACAUCCCGAUGAGAAGGCUUCAUAUUUUAGGAUUCAAAAAACGAUGCGUGUGGUGUCAGUAGAGAGGGGUUCUGCCCUGGCUCAGAUGGCUUAUGAACUAGGGUCACCUGGCUCUCCCAAAAUGUCACCGUUACCACCUCCACCACCUCCAGACCUUACCACUGAGCUUUACUACUGCAAACAUUGCUCUUACAGCAACCGGUCAGUGGUUGGGGUACUAGUGCACUACCAGAAAAGGCACCCAGAAAUAAAAGUGACUGCCAAAUACAUUAGGCAGGCACCCCCAACUGCUGCAAUGAUGAGAGCUGGAGAGAUACCUCCUGGUGUUCGUAGACCUACAAUGCAGCACCUGAAUAGGGACAAUGCAGAUGGUGCUGUAGCUCCAGCGGAGAACGAGAUGUUCUUCUGCCAGCACUGUGAUUAUGGAAACCGGACUGUAAAAGGGGUCCUUAUUCAUUACCAAAAGAAGCAUCGUGAUUUCAAAGCCAAUGCAGAUGUGAUUAGGCAACACACAGCCACCAUCAGGAGCCUCUGUGACCGGGGUCAGAAAAAUUCCCCGGGUGGCUUACAAAUUCCUACUUCUGGUUCUGAGCAAGAAAGGGCUAAGUUAAGAGCUCUCAAAUGCAGGCAGUGCUCUUAUACAUCUCCUUAUUUCUACGCACUGCGGAAGCACAUUAAAAAGGACCAUCCAAGCUUGAAGGCUACUGUCACAUCUAUUUUGAGGUGGGCGUUUUUGGAUGGUUUAAUAGAAGCUGGAUAUCACUGUGAAUGGUGUAUCUAUUCUCACGCAGAACCCAGUGGCCUGCUAGUGCAUUACCAAAGGCGACAUCCUGAACAUUACGUUGAUUACACAUAUAUGGCAACAAAACUCUGGGCAGGGCCAGAUCCUUCACCUCCAGCCUUACUAAUACCAUCAGAAAUGAAAAUAUAUAGAUGCAGAGACUGUAUUUUUGAAGCCUCUUCCAUUUGGGAUAUCACUAAUCACUACCAAGCUUUUCACCCUUGGGCUAUGAAUGGAGAUGAAUCGGUGUUACUAGAUAUUAUCAAGGAAAAAGAUGCUGUGGAUAAAAUGAACCCAGUAUCGGAUGGUAUUGGUGCCAGAAUAAUUUCAGAGGAUCAUUUAGCAUUGCCACACGGGGACCCAGAUACCGAAUACGCAGAAGAGUCAAACCUUUCCCAAGAUAAAGCUCUUCAGCUCACCUCGGUGAACCCUGCAAUAUCCUCUACACCAUACCAGUGUACAGUGUGCCAGUCUGAAUAUAACAAUUUGCAUGGACUUCUCACCCAUUAUGGAAAAAAACACCCUGGGAUGAAAGUGAAAGCUGCAGAUUUUGCACAAGACAUUGAUAUUAAUCCAGGAGCGGUGUACAAAUGUAGGCAUUGUCCUUACAUUAACACACGCAUCCAUGGCGUUCUUACACAUUACCAGAAGAGACACCCUUCCGUGAAGGUCACGGCAGAGGAUUUUGUGCAUGAUGUGGAGCAGCCUGCUGACAUGAGCCAGAAUGACGUGGAGGAAACCAGCAGGAUUUUCAAGCAAGGGUAUGGUGCUUACCGGUGUAAAUUGUGCCCCUAUACGCAUGGCACUUUGGAGAAGCUCAAAAUUCAUUACGAGAAAUACCAUAACCAGCCUGAAUUUGAUGUAUUUGCACAGUCUCCUCCGAAAUUCUCUGCCUCCCUGGAGCCCGAAGUUCUCACUGAAAUUAAGCCCUCCCCUGAGAUGACUCCAGAAGAUCUCCUCGGAGACGAUUCACUGCCAUCUUCCCACUUUUCCAGUUCCCAUUUGGUUUCUCAUACUGUGUUCCGCUGCCAGCUUUGUAAGUAUUUUUGCUCCACUCGGAAAGGGAUAGCCAGGCACUACCGAAUAAAACACAACAAUGUUCGGGCACAGCCAGAAGGCAAGAACAACCUCUUUAAAUGUGCCCUGUGUUCCUACACAAACCCUAUUCGUAAAGGUCUGGCUGCUCAUUACCAGAAGCGGCACGACAUUGAUGCUUACUACACGCAUUGCUUAGCAGCAUCAAGGACUAUAAGCGACAAACCCAACAAAGUGAUCAUCCCCUCACCCCCCAAGGAGGACUCUCCUCAGCUAAGCGAGGAACUGAGAAGGGCGGUGGAGAAGAAGAAAUGCUCCCUCUGCUCUUUCCAGUCCUUCAGCAAGAAAGGCAUAGUCUCCCACUACAUGAAACGCCAUCCCGGAGUAUUCCCUAAGAAACAACAUGCCAGCAAGCUUGGGGGUUACUUCACUGCGGUGUACGCGGACGAGUAUGAAAAGCAGCAACCUCCCCCAGAAGAGAGGAAUGAUUUUGAGAAGCCCGAAUUGGAGGUGGAGGCUCCAGAGAUGGAGUGGCUUCCCUUCCGGUGCGUCAAAUGCUUUAAGCUCUCCUUCAGCACAGCCGAGCUGCUCUGCAUGCAUUACACUGACCACCACAGCAAGGACCUGAAGAGGGAUUUUACCAUCCUGGGAAGUGGGGCCCGUUUCCAGUGCAGGCACUGUGAUAGUAAGCUGCAAAGCCUGGCGGAGCUGACCACGCACUUGAAUGGCCACAAUGAGGAAUUCCAGAAACGUGCCAAACGCCAAGAGAGGAGGAAGCAGCUUCUGAGCAAGCAGAAAUAUGCGGAUGGUGCUUUUGUAGAUUUCAAAGCAGAGAGG